GACCCUCCUAGCGGCGCGCAUGGCGGGGCCGGUGAAGGACCGGGAGGCCUUCCAGAGGCUCAGCUUCCUGUACCAGGUGAGCCGCGUCGGGUGCGCUGGGGCGAUCGCUGCGGCGGGGCCCGCGCUGACUGCUCGCCGUCCCCAGGCCGCCCACUGCGUCCUUGCGCAGGACCCCGAGAACCAGGCGCUGGCGAGGUUCUACUGCCACACGGAGAGGACCAUCGCGAAGCGGCUCGUCCUGCGGCGAGACCCCUCGGUGAAGAGGACCCUCUGCCGCGGCUGCUCGUCCCUGCUCGUCCCGGGCCUGACCUGCACCCAGCGCCAGAGACGCAGCAGGGGACAGCGCUGGACAGUGCAGACCUGCCUGACAUGCCAGCGAAGCCAGCGGUUCCUUAACAAUCCUGGAUAUGUGCUCUGGGGAGACCGGCCUGAGGCCCAGCUGGGAAACCAAGCAGAUCCCAGACCAGCACAGCCUCUGCCGAACACAGCCCACCCCAUUCCAGGCCACCUUCCUGAGGAGAAAGUGCAGCCUCAAAGCACCAAUCACCAGUGAUUAAGUCACCCUGUUUCCCAAAUAAAGUUUAAUUGUUUCGCUUUGUAUGAUUCUGUUCUG